ACACGCACGGCACGCACACGGCGGGAUCGAGCCGCAAACAGAGCUGCUGGUUUCCAUUCAUCAGGAUCCUGGUGCAGACCUCUCUGUCUCAUCCUGGGAAAAUCAAGCCGGAGUGCGUGAGGAGGGUUUUACGCACGGCGCGUUUCCAUCAUGACGUCCAGAUUGUAGAGGAGGAGGAGGAGGAACAGGGAGGAAGAGGAGGAGGGGAGUGUGGUGAAUCGCUGUUUCGUCGUUUCUCUGGAUGCUUUCCUGUCUUUUCUCUGGACUUGGCCUCUCUGCGCUGCUGGAAUAUUUCUGUGUUUUGGGUUUUGCGCAGCGCCGUUUGCACAUUUCCCGCUGCAGCAGAGUCCAACCCGCGCCACGAGAAUCGGUGCAAAGAUGCGUCUUUCCCGCUAAAUAAUCCCUCAGCCGGGCUUUCCUGCUUCCCCCUGCAGGGAGGGGGCUCAACCCGCCGGAGCGCACCGGACCAGCAAUCCAGACAUGGACCAGGUCUUGUUUCUCCUCGUCCUCUGCUGUCUUCCGUCCCUCGUCGUGCCCAUCCAUAAUUCAUCAUCUGGAGGCUGCAGCAUCAUCCGGCCUCCGAGGGACGGGGGGAUCCGCUACAGAGGGCUCACACAAGAAGAGAUCCGCAGCGUGCAGAACCUGCCGGUGGAUUAUGAGAUCGAAUACAUCUGCAGAGGGCACCGGGUCAUCGUGGGCCCAAAGGUCAGGAAGUGUCUCUCUGACGGGACGUGGACGGACAUGAGGCAGGAGAGCAGAUGCUGUGAGUUCCAGCUUUGAUGUGGCUUUUCAAAUUAAAAGUUGGAGCGAAAGCUUCUGUUCCAAAAAUGUAAAAGGUUCUACGUCGACGCUGCGCAUCAGUGCAGCUGCUGCGACGUUUUGAAUCAGGUUGACUCC